AUGCCCACGCAUCCACGAAUACCGGUUGCAAAUGGUACGAAGAAUGGGGUUGGUUAUAGUACCGAUGAGGAUGAUGGUAACAGUAUAAAAAUGAGUUCACAACCAUCAGCAGAAACAACGGCUAUUCGACAAAACCGUAAUACAGCUAACACAACUGUAUUAGAGCAGCGAACACUUACAAUAGUAUCUCAGUCUACGUUGAAUGAUUCAGUAGAAGGUGAUGAUGAGGCUUUUCAUGUUGUACAUCGCCAGCGUCGUCGAUUACAGCCGAGAGAAGCGCAAAAUGAGCAGUUUUUUGAUGCAAUAACUUCACCAUAUUUACCUACAUCUGUUUCCAAGAUUUCAAAGGAAGCAGAACGUUUCAGUUGUGAAUUCAGAUUUCCGCCGGUGAAAAUUUCAUUUUCUAAUACAAACGUUUUGUUUACUGAUCAGAUCGCUAGACAGCUUAUUGUUGAAUUAAAACGACGAAAUAUUAGAACUCGUAACUUGGUUUCAUUUUGGCGAAUUGAUAUUACAAAGAAAUAUUUAUUUGUUUAUGGUGAUAACCGUGAAGCAUUCUCACAGUUACUUAUGAAUGACACAUAUCCAAGUAGUAUUAAUGAUCAACAAUUUAAUGUUGAACAGCCUAAGAGUAUACCUCCACAGAUGAGUGUUUUAGCUAUGGGAGUUUCUUGUCAGCUAUCAGAAGUAGAAGUACUAGGUGAUGUUCAGGAGCAGUAUGGCUCUGCGGAUGUCGUCCUUUUCGGCUGUCCUGCAUCUAGCCGAACACGAAAUGUUAAGGUCAACUUCCGUGACAGUCGUGAUUACACAAAAUGUCUGAAUAAUGUUGAAGCUAAUAGUGAAACGCUAUUUGGGUACGCCCAGGGUCAUGCUAUGCUCAAAAAUGCCAAGGAUACGGGCACUUCCGAGCUAAAUGUACAAGUGCUCAUGAAUACUGUGCUGUCUGUUCUGCAGAAAGAUCUCUUGAUUCACCACAUGUGUGUACCAAUGUUACUAAGUGCAGGAAUUGCGGCGGUGAUCAUUCUUAUGCAUAUUCUCAGUGCACGGCAUUGUUACAGUAUAGAAGAGAAUUAA